UGUAGCUUUUAUAUAAAAGAAGCGAGUAAUUUCGCAAUGGCAAUCAUUUGAACUUGGAAUCUCGGAGUGAUCCGUCUCGGAGCACGCGAGAGCCGACUUCCGAUUUCGCGCCAAAUAGUGACAGAUCGCAGAUUAUUUCUUUUUCUAAAAUUGAAUUUUGAAAAUGGCGGUUGCAAGUGCCAGGAACAUUGUGAGUUUAAAGGAGAAGGGCCACUUCGAAAACAAAAAUCAAAAUGAGAGGAUUGAUAAGUACUCGCUGGGAGACAAGCUGCCAGCGCGGCUGGCUGCCUUGGAGAUCUCCAGCAUGCGACCAGCAUACACCGUCAGGAAACUCUCCCGCGCUGAUAAGGAAGACUUGUUGCAGUUCCUGAGAAGGUUCUUUUUCCGGGAUGAGCCGAUGAACCGCGCAGUGGGCCUCCUCGAGACUCCGCAGUCGAGGUGCGAGGAGUUGGAGGAGUACGCCACCAGCUCGCUGGAUGACAAGGUCUCCAUCGCAGCAUUCGAUGACGAUGGACAAAUCGUUGGUGUCAUCAUCAACGGGAUUGCUACAAGAAAGGACGCGGAUGACACAGACAAGUCUGACGAGUGUAAAAACGAGAAGUUCGCUCGCAUCCUCAAAGUGCUGAACCACCUCAACAAGGAAGCCAGGAUCUGGGACAAGCUGCCUGCAUCAUGCCACACCGUACUGGAAAUCAGGAUCGCGUCCACACACUCAGACUGGCGGGGCAGGGGGCUCAUGAGGGUGCUUUGUGAGGAAUCCGAACGAAUAGCCAGAUCCAUCGGCGCGGGAGCAUUGCGCAUGGACACAACAUCGGCGUUCUCGGCCGCGGCGGCUGACCGGCUUGGCCACAAGUCUAUAUACAGUGUCCUGUACAAGGAUUUGCCUUACGCGCCGCAACCCGAGGCCCCUCAUAUUGAAGCUCGAGUGUAUAUUAAGGAGCUCCAGAAUGACACAAGAAUAGAAACAUUACAAUACAGUUUUCCCCCUAAGAACAUAGAAACAAUCGAAUCUUGGACCAUGGCGCAGUCGUACAAAAUAGAACCAGUGUUAGAAAAAGAUGUGGAAGCUAUCAUGACACUACUUAAAAGGACAUUUUUCCUAGACGAGCCUCUGAACGCUGCUGUAGGUUUGUGCACCAACAAUGAACGGUGUAUAGAACUAGAAGAGUACUGCACUCACUCGUUGUUGGAGGGCCUGUCAUUCAAAGCCAUGGAUAAUGAGGGCAAUAUCAUCAGCACCAUGAUUAGUGGAGUUGCUCCCGUGAAAGAGGACGCCAACGGCAACGACCUUCUCAGCCAAGCCAAGAGAUGCUCCAACCCAAAGUUCCAGAAGAUUUUAUACAUCCUGGCGCGCCGUGAAGAAGGCCACAAACUCUGGGAGAAGUAUCCUCAAGUGCAGAACCUGGUAGAAGUGAAGGUAGCGGCCACCGACCCUGGGUGGCGGCGGAGAGGACUCAUGAAUGAACUGCUGAGACAUACAGAAACAGCAGCGUCUGCGCGCGGCAUCACACUCCUCCGUAUGGACACCUCAAGUCUGUACUCUGCAAAAUCUGCAGAACGACUGGGUUUCACGUGCGUUUACAAAGCUCGGUACGCCGAUAUAAAGAUGGAUGGAGUGCCUCUCAUAGUGCCAGAACCGCCACACGACGAAGACAGGGUUUAUGUUAAACUGCUGACGACUUGACACUUAUUUUUAUUUUUUAAAUAUAAGGUUGAGAAAAGA